AUGGCAUCUAAAACUUCUACCGCUCCCCAACAGGCAAAUGUUGGCAUCUUCGGCACUCCAGCAGGUUCAUCUUCGGGUUUGAGUCUUUCAUUAUCACCCACGAACCCUUUCCGAAUCCGAACUCCUUCAUUCCCUACGUCAAAAGGUAAACACAAAUUGUCUCCUUCACCUUCUCCAAAACACACAGAGGAAGAUUUCGUCAUGAUUUCUCCUGUACAGCCGCCCAGACUUUCACUCACCAUCACCACACCUCCUUCGGCAUUUUUCAAUCCUGCACCUCGUCCACAUCCUCAAAUGUCACUUGCCAUGGUACGAGAAGAUUCGUCAUCCUCCUCCUCUCCUCCGGAAGAAUCCCCGACACCUUGUGUUGCCAGUGCGGCCGCACGACUCAAACUUGCCGAUGAUGAGAGUCCUAUACGUCGGGUACCAGGACAAAGUAGAUCCUUGCGUCAAGUAUCAGGUAGUAUCAUGGGAGAGCGAAAACCACCUGCGAGUCCACUCAAAUUCUCGACUGUCAAUCUGAGUAUGGAUGAAGAAAUGGAGGAUGAUGAUCCACCCAUGCCAGAAACACCUCUUUUACCCCAUGGACCGCACUCACAUACAAUGCCAUUAUUCCCUCUUCGUACCUCUAUCUCACAGGAGAGUAAUACUUCAGUCUUCCUCGGAAAACCAGCCUCCUCAAAUCUAGAUCUUCCGCAGUCCGGACAGCUUUCUACCCUUAGCUAUGAUCAGCAAAAUCAAGAAGUCUCCAACACAUCCGGCGCCGGUUCUCGCAUACCUCGACUCUCUGCUUCCCACGCUCUUCGGCCACGUUCAUCAGUAGAGGCUCAAAAAGCCCUUCCGACAUUGACACAGAAGAAAGCUGCGUCGCUCGGCGAGAUACAGUCCAUGUCAAAUAAGGAUGAACCAUUCGGUUCUUCCUCUACCAUUCCUUUCUCUGCCAGUCUGCCCAAAAAGUCUCGUCCUGGGUCAAUGUCUCUUACCGUGGCACCCGGUCGUGCACACAAGCGGAUGAACUCUGGAGAACACUCAUCGUUCGGUGUAAAUGGUGCUGCUGGGAUAGGAUCUAUCUCAAGGUCAUUCGGACAGAAGAACGGCCUAGCUCUAUCCCUCUCCCCAGGCCUGGGUCAUUUACCUGAACUCUCCACCAGUAACUCGAGUAUCACAUCAAUGUCCGCGACCACCACAGUCAGCACUCCACCUCUGAGCUCUUUCUCGCCUAUGGAACCGCCGAUAUUCGAAAACGUCAAACCCCUUCAGGAAGCUUUUCAAAGUUCAACUGCGACAGUAAGUAGAAAGUUCAAGCCUCGAGAUUCCGGCGUCGCCAUGGAAGAUCAAUCACAAUCCUCCACCGUCUCUGCGAAAUAUCCACCCAAUCCCUCCGCAAUCCGCAAUCCCUUCGCUACCAAUACCAAUAACUCUCCUGCAAUGGAUAUCGGAGGGAAGACAAUGGGUCCACCCUCCAUGCUUCGAAUCAAUACCCGACCUCCUCGCAGACCGUCAAUGUUGAAACGAACCUCCUCUAUGGGAGAUGAACGUCCUCAACCGCAAGAAGUCGAGACACCGUCAGUGGCAUCUAGCAUGCAAUCUGGCUGGCCUGGGGCCUUUGGAUUCCUCGGUGAUGUUGGCGCGCAGAUAGCUUUGCCAAUCAGUCACGGGGAUCCGAAACCGUCUAUGCCAGGAACGCCAGUGAAGAAAUCUGCCUACGCUCCAAGAGUUACGCAUUCUCGCUCUCACCCCACCUUGCCGUCAGAGUCUGAGAGUAUAAGCGAAGGUUUGAACGGGCAAGUACCGUUAGGCGAUUCAACACGGCACAAUAUGCCCCCUGUCACCAGACUAGUACCUCCUAGUACUACUAAGAAACCUUUUGGACAUUUGAAGGGCACUGGGUUGGCCCUACGGACCGCGGCAAUGGAGAUGGAUAGUAGUCCCGAACGAGAUGGGAGUGAUCCAGCCAGUCCGACUGCCAGACUCGCACCUGUCAGUGCUAUCAGAAUAGGAGGUAUGAGUCAACCGACUGGGACAGUGAUUCUGUCACGGGUUGGGACACUUGAGAGAAUGGACGAAGCGAUGGGCGCUGAGAGUGAUGAUGAAGUUACUCCGACGAAAAAGUCUGGCACUGGAGAUCAAAAGCCUUUAGCUCCCCCACGAACAAAUCUCAUCUCUCCCACACCAUCCCCACGUCCUAGGGCAAGCACAAAAACCGGAAGCUACAGGCCGACGGGUAACCCCACCGGUCCUAAUGGAACUAUCAUGCCUCGACUCUCUCUGCCGGCUUUUGCUGCCCCCAAGAUCCAUCGCGCGCUCCAUCAUCGUCAGAGUCACCCUGCCACUUCAGCACAGUUCGCCGACGACGACGUGUUCGAACGCAAAUUCAUCACGCUGGAGACUUUGGGGAAGGGUGCAUUCAGUACAGUUGUGAAGGUUCAAGAAAGACAUGGAGAUGGUUUGUUUGCGGUGAAAAUUGCUCGUGGAGUAUUUGACGGUGUCAGAGAUAGGUUGAGACAUCUUGAAGAAGUUGACAUACUUCGUCACCUUAGUAAAGAACCUAGUAAUCAUGUCAUCAGGUUCGAAGAUGCGUGGGAGCAAAAUCGACAGUUAUUUAUUCAGACAGAAUUGUGUCUAGGAAGUCUGUUGUUCUUCCUGGAAGAAUACGGCCAAGUUGUGGAACGUAUGGACGAAGCGAGAGUCUGGAAAAUCGUCAGGGAACUGAGUGAUGGCAUCCAUCACAUUCACUCUCACAAUGUGAUUCAUUUCGAUCUGAAACCUGCCAACAUUCUCAUCUCCCCUGCUGGUUCACUCAAGAUUGCCGACUUUGGACUCGCCGCGCGCUGGCCGCGUGUGACACCACAAGAGGUUUUGGAGGGAUCAGGUCUGGGUGGUAGCGUAGCUGGGAUCGGGUUAGGUUCACCGGAGAAGCUAGAAAGGGAAGGAGAUAGAGUUUAUAUGGCUCCUGAGAUGUUGAGAGGAGUAUUUGAGAUGGCUGCGGAUAUAUUUUCAUUCGGUUUGAUCGUUUUGGAAGUAUCUACCAACAUUUGCGUCCCUGACGGUGGUCUCUCAUGGCAAGCCAUUCGUUCCGAUGAUUUCUCAGUGGUGGACUUAUCUCCCCUCUCUCCCGCCUUGACAGACCUCAUCACUCAAUGUAUGCGUUCUCAUCCUUCCCUUCGACCAACCAGUCAUCAUCUAGUCAGUCAUCCGGUCAUACAACGUGCUCGAAGUGGUGGUACGGCAUUGGCACCUGAAGAACCCAUGUGGUUGGUGGAAGUAUUGACAGGUUCUGGAUUUGUCGCACCUCCUAUUAGAGGUGAUGGGGAUGUGGAGAUGUUGGAUGGAUGA